GAACCUGCCCUGUUGGUGCUGACCGUGAACUCCCUGGGAGUGGAGCAACAAGGUUCCAUGGAGAUGACAUCAGCAGGUGCGGUGUGGUAUCAGAGGGAUUGUGAUGUCACCGCACGAUGUUAUAAAUCCCCCCCAAGGCGGGCUCUGCCUUUAACACCAGCGGGGCUGUGGGUGGAGGCCCGGCCCGGCCUGGCCCCUAGCCCGACCCGACCCGCAAAGCCAGUGCGCCCCAGGCUGCCGUCUGAGCGGCGCGCACGGUGCUCGCUCACUCGCAGGCGGUGAGGAGCCGCAGACGGAAGGAGGGCCGCUCCGCUCGGCAGGACACGCGGUGUGGGAGAAGGACGCUCGCCGGCGGGGUUGAACCUGCAGCCAACAAGAAACCUGAGAAUGACUAACGCUGCCAUCAAGAGAAUAGUGACCAAUGUUGUGAAAUCACCAGAGGAUAAACGUGAAUAUCGUGGAUUGGAACUCUCCAAUGGCAUUCAUGUAUUACUUAUUCAUGAUCCCACUACUGACAAAUCCUCUGCAGCUCUGGAUGUUCACAUUGGCUCUUUGGCAGAUCCCAAAGAGAUACCAGGGCUAGCCCACUUCUGCGAACACAUGCUUUUUUUGGGAACAGAAAAGUAUCCAAAGGAGAAUGAGUAUAAUCAGUUUCUCAGUGAACAUGCAGGGAGCUCAAAUGCAUUCACCAGCGGAGAACAUACCAACUACUAUUUUGAUGUAUCAAAUGAGCAUUUGGAGGGUGCACUUAACCGGUUUGCCCAAUUUUUUCUCUGCCCUUUAUUUGACCCAAGUUGUAAAGACAGAGAAGUCAAUGCUGUUGACUCAGAGCAUGAGAAAAAUCUAAUGAAUGAUGCCUGGAGGCUGUUCCAAUUGGAGAAGUCUACAGGCAACCCAGACCAUCGAUUUAGUUCAUUUGGAACAGGCAACAAGUUCACCUUGGAAACUAGGCCAGCUGAGAUGGGCAUUGAUGUACGACAAGAACUCCUUAAAUUCCACUCUGCAAACUAUUCAUCAAACUUGAUGGCUCUCUGUGUUCUGGGGCGAGAAUCCCUGGAUGAGAUGACUGACCUGGUGGUAAAAUUAUUUGCCAAGGUGGAGAACAAAUCUGUACCUGUCCCUGAAUACACUGAACAUCCUUUCAAGGAAGAGCACCUCAAGCAAAUCUAUAAGGUGGUGCCUAUUAAGGAUAUCCGAAAUCUUUAUGUCACUUUUCCGAUACCAGAUCUACAGAAAUAUUACAAGUCAAAUCCAGGCCAUUACCUAGGACACUUGAUUGGCCAUGAAGGUCCAGGGAGUCUUCUGUCGGAACUCAAGUCUAAAGGUUGGGUGAAUACUCUUGUUGGUGGACAAAAAGAAGGAGCGAAAGGUUUUAUGUUUUUCAUCAUUAACGUAGAUCUUACUGAAGAAGGACUAGUGCAUGUUGAAGAUAUUAUUCUACACAUGUUCCAAUAUAUUGCCAAGCUGCGUACUGAGGGGCCUCAGGAAUGGGUUUUCCAGGAAUGUAAGGAUUUAAAUGCUAUGGCAUUUAGGUUCAAAGAUAAAGAACGACCACGAGGAUACACUUCAAAACUGGCUGGAUCAUUACAUUACUAUCCCAUUGAAGAAGUUUUAGCAGCUGAAUAUCUAUUGGAGGAGUUCAGGGCAGACCUAAUCGAGAUGGUGCUGGAAAAAUUGACACCAGAGACUGUGCGGGUAGCUGUAGUUUCUAAAUCAUUUGAAGGACAAACAGACAGAACUGAAAAAUGGUAUGGCACACAGUACAAGCAAGAAGCUAUUGGCGCUGAUGUCAUCCAGAAAUGGCUGAAUGCAGACUUAAAUGGGAAGUUCAAAUUGCCUGUUAAAAAUGAGUUCAUUCCUACGAAUUUUGAGAUUUUCCCUUUGGAAAAUGAUGCUGCAGCAUUUCCAUCUCUGAUUAAGGAUACUGCCGUGAGCAAAGUGUGGUUCAAACAGGACGACAAGUUCUUUCUGCCAAAAGCAUGUUUAAACUUCGAGUUUUUUAGCCCAUUUGCUUAUGUGGAUCCAUUACAUUGUAAUAUGGCCUACUUGUAUCUUGAACUGCUGAAAGAUUCCCUCAAUGAGUAUGCAUAUGCAGCAGAGCUUGCUGGCUUGAACUAUGACCUACAAAAUACAAUCUAUGGAAUGUAUCUGUCUGUGAAAGGUUAUAAUGACAAGCAGCACAUAAUUCUUAAGAAGAUAAUAGAGAAGAUGGCCACCUUUGACAUUGAUGAGAAGCGAUUUGAAAUAAUCAAGGAAGCAUAUAUGCGAUCUCUGAAUAAUUUUAGAGCAGAGCAGCCUCACCAGCAUGCCAUGUAUUAUCUCAGACUGCUCAUGACUGAGGUGGCAUGGACCAAAGAGGAGCUCAAAGAAGCAUUGGAAGAUGUCACUCUCCUUCGCCUCAAGGCAUUUAUACCUCAACUAUUAUCAAGGCUGCACAUUGAAGCUCUUCUCCAUGGCAAUAUAACCAAACAGACUUCUCUGAAUAUUGUACAAAUGGUUGAAGACACCCUGAUUCAGCAUGCUCAUACGAAGCCUCUUCUUCCCAGUCAACUUACCCGAUACAGAGAAGUGCAGCUUCCUGACCGAGGAUGGUUUGUGUACCAGCAGAGAAAUGAGGUGCACAACAACUGUGGGAUUGAAAUCUACUACCAGACAGACAUGCAAAACACCCAUGAAAAUAUGCUGUUGGAGCUUUUUUGUCAAAUUAUAUCAGAACCAUGUUUCAACACACUGCGGACCAAAGAACAGUUAGGUUACAUUGUAUUCAGUGGUCCACGACGAGCAAAUGGCGUUCAAGGACUGCGUUUUAUCAUCCAGUCAGAAAGACCUCCUAGCUACCUGGAAAGUAGGGUCGAGGCUUUUCUAAAGACUAUGGAAAAGCAUAUAGAGGAGAUGACGGAGGAGGCUUUUCAGAAGCAUGUUCAGGCUCUGGCUAUAAGACGACUUGACAAACCAAAGAAACUCUCGGCUGAGUGCGCUAAGCACUGGAGUGAAAUUAUUUCUCAACAGUACAACUUUGAUCGAGAUAACAUUGAAGUAGCACACCUGAAGACGCUGACUAAAGAGGACAUAAUAAAUUUCUGCAAGGAGCUCCUGGCAGUCGACGGUUCCAGAAGGCGCAAGGUCUCUGUGCAUGUUCUCUCCCGAGACAUGGAUUCUUGCCCUGUUAUUGAACAUGCUCCCUGUCAAAAUGAUGUCAACUUGAGUCCUGCACCACCUUUGCCCCAGCCAAGCAUAAUUGAGGAUAUGACAAUAUUCAAGCGCAGUUUGCCACUCUUUCCGCUGGCAAAGCCUCACAUCAAUUUCAUGGCUGCAAAACUCUGAGAUAUGGAAUACUGAUCCAAAGGAAGGAAGAUGUGAAUGAAGAACAUAAGUGACAGUAUUCAUUCUGCUGGGAAUUGGGGAAACUUUCAUAGGAGAUCAUCACUUUUAAAUGAACUCUUUGCAAUUAGGAGAGUACAAAGCUAUUUAGUUGAUCUGCAUACUUCUGCCUGUUAAAGGUUCAGCUACCCAAGUGGUGUUUUAAAUUACUUGUCCAUAGACACUUCACACACAGGAUUGGAAUUCUACAAAACACUAAUGUACAAAGCAGUGAAAUAACACUGUAUAAUACAAAUCAAAUUUCUUUUGUGAUAGAGCCUUAUAAUUGAAACCCGUACCAUGUUUUUACCUUGUACACAAGUUUUGUAGUUUUAAAUUUUUGUGCUCAUACAACUAGUAGUAAAAUGAUGGAAACUUUUUUUGUCUCAAACUACUUCUGUAAUGUUAAUAUGCCAACCUGCAGUAAAUUCAGAUAUUAAAUCCUGUAAAAGUGACUUUGAGUGAAUUUGGAUCUGUAUUUACAUGAAACAAGAUGACUUCUGCAGUUAAGCAUGUUUUCAAGAAAUGGGAUGAGUAUGUUUACACAGUGCUGCUAAAGCAGAGCAAAUAGAGAAUCUGUUGAUAGGAAGUCAGACCAGGUGACGCAUUUAUUCUGAGAACUUGUUGCAAGACUGAUUUUAAAAUAGUCUGAAGAAAAGCAUUAAUAGUUUGGGUUUAUCCAGCAAAACUGUUAAAUUUUACAAAUCACUCCUUUGCACUACUAAAUUCUAUUAGAGCAAUUAACACUUGUAGAUAUUUUUGUUAAAGUAAUAAAGGAAUUAUGAAGAAAAAGCACAAAAAAUUGGACCCCAUUCAAUAGAUUUGUUGUUUCCCCUCUUUUGUGAACUUCUUAUAACUUAAAUAUUGUUUAGCAUCUAAAAAAGACCCCAUAAUCUGAAAACGUCAAAAGAUCUCAGUUCUGAUGAAAGAUUAUUGACCUGAAACGUAAACUCUUUAUCUCUGCACAUAUGCUGGCAGACCUGCUGGGUAUUUUUUUAGCUUUUGAUUUCCAGCAUCUGCAGUGUUUUGCUUUUUGAUCAUAAGACCUCUCUUGUGUACCGGUGCUUAACACUCAAUUAAGUGACAUUUGAAGCCACAGUAGCAACUAUAGAAUUAUAGUAUUAUAGACUGGGGAUUUAGCUGACAGCUUAAAGCAGAACAGUGACAGUAAAAGUUACAUAAAUAAAUCAUUUGAAUAUAAUCAGAGUAUGAGGAUUGUUGUAAUCUCUUGCAUGUGUGAUGGAACUGCAUUAGCAUCUCUGUGAUGUCAACAAAGGUAUCAGCUGUGAGAUCAACAAAAGAGAUUUACAAUAUGUCUUUGUAGUAGUAAGAUAACUGAUUAUGCAUAUUAUAUAUUGCAUGAUAGUGAUUAAAAUACCAGGAAUCAAAAGCAGAAUUCAUGAAACAAAAAAAAACAAGGUGUCAAGGCACUAUAGUCAAAUGAAUUGCACUGAAGGGCAAGUUGAAAUAAUUGUUGCUGCAUUUUGUACUAUUGGGAGCAGAAUAACUACUGGAGUCUCCUCUUUAACAUUUGGCAAUAGUUAUUCAUGAAGUCCUGUCAGUUGUUUCCAAUUUUACUUGUGAAGAUAAUUUGAUCAAGUUUGUAAGAUCACAGUUCCUAAAUAAAUUCAUGUGUUGCUGUUGAACAUGAUGUUUAGUGCAAAGUCAGUUUUAUACAAGGUGCCCUUGUUCUAAAUCAUGUAAAGACCUUUUAACAAGCUUUGUUAUGACCCAUUUCCUAUUCAAUUCAACUUUGCUGUAACACUGAGCUGACUCUUAUCCUUGUCACCCAGUUUAGCAGCUUACCAUGCAAAAGUACAAUUAUUUCAGGAGGUUUAAGCAUCUAUUUGUAACAGGUGUGUAGUCAGCAAAGGGGGAAAAAAAUAGUUGACCAUGGUAACACUAGAUGAGCACACUGUGGUGAAACUAACCAUAUCGUGGUCAUUAAUUUUUAGCAAAUACUUUCAGGAUGGAUGCCUUUGACGUGAGUGUUGCCUCUGAGCACCCACCCAUCCUUCCUUCUGCUUUUUCCAACAGCAAGUAACUUGCAGAAAUGUUUUGGUUUGCAGAGAAUAGUGAUGUAAUAUUUCAGAAGUGCUUAUCACCUUGGAGUUGUGAUCCUGCAGAAUUUCAAAGGGUGUUCAGCAAAUAAAUGAAUCUCCUGUGAGAUCAUGGCUGACACAUUGGGGAAACCCUUUUAAAUUAAAUGAUAUCUUUGCGUCACAUUCAAUCUAGCAGCAAUCCUAAGGUAAAGGAUAUAGUUUUGACAUUUCAGGUUUACAAUAUUAGAUAAAGUUAGAAAUAACAACCCUGAUUUUUAAAUAAUUAAAAAAAUAUUAGCAUACAAACUUCAUACAAUUCUUCCACUAAUUUCACUCUGCUGGUGAGCUAGAUAAAAUAUAUAUCAUACUUUCUUCCAAUUCAACAAUAGUUGUACAUAAGCAAUAUUGUUAAGGCCAGCAACAAUUUUUGCAUUGUACAUACUAAAUAUCUAUUACAAAGUUUUUGGCAGUUUUAGAAUUAAUACAGUGCAAUAUAUAGACCAGAGAAUUAGAUAAAAAGAUAAUAGUUGAAAGAGAAUAUAUUUUGGUGUGACAGAUGUUUUCUAGCAGGCUCAGAUCCUUUGCUGCAGUGAUACAGUGUUCUCUACCAUGUUUCCAACAUUUUACUGACGUGUGUGUAGCAGUGCAGUUUGACUCAGGCAUAUCCAUGGAUAUCCAUUAAGAGGAAUCCAAAGAUGCAGCUUUUUUCAAGCAAUAACAGCCAACAGAGUAUCUACAAAUAUUCAGUCUGUUUUUAUGGCUUGUGAAUAGAUGUAUCAAUUUUUGUUGAAAAUGACAUAAAUUACUUAAACCAGCUUAAUUUUGAGGAUUUUGGAGUAUUUGUGGAACUGGAUGCAAAAAGCAUAGCUACUGUACUGAAAAGAAUGUUACUGUUUGCAAUAAAAUAAACUCAUGAUCCUUCUCUGUCA